GGUGAUGUGUGUCUAAGGAAGGCUUUUUCAACUAGUAGGAUGCUUGUCUGCUCUUGCGGCCACCCAACUACUGAAGAGCUCCAAGUCUAGUGCUCCGCCUUCCCCUGGGACCAUUUCUGAGUGUAGGUGCACACCUAUGCCUCUGCGUGCCUGCAGGUGUGUGCUGCUGAGGGACUCCGCUUGGGAUCAGGGUACCCUGUAGUGAAUUAUGGGUGCUGCAGAGCCUGGAGCAAGAUUAUGACCGAGCUCGGGGGCGGAGUGGAUUAUUUUGUGAGUGUUCUGGCUGCCAGCCAUUGCUCUGGUGGGGAAAAAUCACAUCUCCAUAUAGCUCUCAAAUCACCUGGAUUCUUGGGGAGUGGAAACUGAUCCUCUGCAACUGCUUCUGCUGAUUUUCCCUGCAAAAUGGCUCACGCUGCUGCUUCUAUUAAAAAAGUUCGAGAGGCUGAACUGGAUGAAAAGGAAAAAAAUCUGGAGAGAGAGAGAAAAAAACAACGGAAAAUCCCCAGAGAACGUAUGGAAAGGAAAAGAAAGUCUGACAGCAAUGCAAGCUUCCUGCGUGCUGCCAGAGCAGGCAACCUGGACAAAGUCGUGGAGUAUCUGAAGGGGGGCAUCGACAUCAAUACCUGCAACCAGAAUGGACUCAACGCUCUCCAUCUGGCUGCCAAGGAAGGCCACGUGGGGUUGGUUCAGGAGCUGCUGGGACGAGGGUCCUCGGUGGAUUCUGCCACUAAGAAAGGAAAUACUGCUCUUCACAUUGCAUCUUUGGCCGGACAAGCAGAAGUUGUCAAAGUUCUUGUUAAGGAAGGAGCCAAUAUUAAUGCACAGUCUCAGAAUGGCUUCACACCUUUAUACAUGGCUGCCCAGGAGAAUCACAUUGAUGUUGUAAAAUAUUUGCUGGAAAAUGGAGCUAAUCAGAGCACUGCUACAGAGGAUGGCUUUACUCCUCUAGCUGUGGCCCUCCAGCAAGGACACAACCAGGCAGUGGCCAUCCUCUUGGAGAACGACACCAAAGGCAAAGUAAGGCUGCCAGCUCUGCACAUUGCAGCUAGGAAAGACGACACCAAAUCUGCCGCACUCUUGCUUCAGAAUGACCACAAUGCUGACGUCCAAUCCAAGAUGAUGGUGAAUAGGACAACCGAGAGUGGUUUCACUCCUCUGCACAUAGCUGCGCACUAUGGAAAUGUCAAUGUGGCAACUCUUCUUCUGAACCGGGGAGCUGCUGUGGACUUCACAGCCAGGAAUGGAAUCACUCCUCUGCAUGUGGCUUCCAAAAGGGGAAACACAAACAUGGUGAAGCUCUUACUGGAUCGAGGAGGUCAGAUCGAUGCCAAAACUAGGGAUGGAUUGACUCCACUUCACUGUGCUGCUCGAAGUGGACAUGACCAAGUGGUGGAACUUUUGUUGGAACGGGGUGCUCCCUUGCUGGCGAGGACGAAGAAUGGACUGUCUCCACUUCACAUGGCUGCACAGGGAGACCACGUGGAAUGUGUGAAGCAUCUGCUACAGCACAAAGCACCUGUAGACGACGUCACCCUUGACUACCUGACAGCCCUCCACGUUGCUGCACACUGUGGCCACUACCGUGUAACCAAGCUCCUCCUGGACAAGAGAGCCAACCCCAACGCCAGAGCCCUGAAUGGUUUUACUCCACUGCACAUUGCCUGCAAGAAAAACCGCAUCAAAGUCAUGGAACUGCUGGUGAAAUAUGGGGCUUCAAUCCAAGCUAUAACAGAGUCUGGCCUCACACCAAUACAUGUGGCUGCCUUCAUGGGCCACUUGAACAUUGUCCUCCUUCUGCUGCAGAACGGAGCCUCUCCAGAUGUCACUAACAUUCGUGGGGAGACGGCACUGCACAUGGCGGCCCGGGCAGGGCAGGUGGAAGUGGUCCGAUGCCUCCUGAGAAAUGGUGCCCUUGUCGAUGCCAGAGCCAGGGAGGAACAGACACCUUUACAUAUUGCUUCUCGCCUGGGUAAGACAGAAAUUGUCCAGCUACUUCUGCAACAUAUGGCUCAUCCAGAUGCGGCCACUACUAAUGGGUACACGCCACUGCACAUCUCUGCCCGGGAAGGCCAGGUGGAUGUGGCAUCUGUCCUCUUGGAGGCAGGAGCAGUGCACUCCUUAGCUACCAAGAAGGGUUUUACUCCCCUGCAUGUAGCAGCCAAGUAUGGAAGCCUGGAUGUGGCAAAACUUCUCUUGCAACGCCGUGCUGCCGCAGAUUCUGCAGGGAAGAAUGGCCUUACCCCGCUCCAUGUUGCUGCUCACUAUGACAACCAGAAGGUGGCGCUGCUGUUACUGGAGAAGGGUGCUUCCCCUCAUGCCACUGCCAAGAAUGGCUAUACCCCUUUACAUAUUGCUGCCAAGAAGAAUCAGAUGCAGAUAGCGUCCACACUCCUCAACUAUGGAGCAGAGACUAAUAUUGUCACAAAGCAAGGAGUAACUCCACUUCAUCUGGCCUCACAGGAGGGGCACACGGAUAUGGUCACUUUGCUUUUGGAUAAGGGAGCCAAUAUCCACAUGUCAACCAAGAGUGGACUCACCUCCUUACACCUUGCAGCUCAAGAAGAUAAAGUAAAUGUUGCUGAAAUUCUCACUAAGCAUGGGGCCGACCAGGAUGCUCAUACAAAGCUUGGUUAUACUCCUUUAAUUGUGGCCUGUCACUAUGGAAAUGUGAAAAUGGUCAACUUUCUUCUGAAGCAGGGAGCAAAUGUUAAUGCAAAAACCAAGAAUGGCUAUACACCUUUGCACCAGGCUGCCCAGCAGGGCCACACGCACAUCAUCAAUGUCCUGCUCCAGCACGGGGCCAAGCCCAACGCCACUACUGCGAAUGGUAACACUGCCUUGGCGAUUGCUAAGCGUCUGGGCUACAUCUCCGUGGUCGACACCCUGAAGGUUGUGACCGAGGAGGUCACCACCACCACCACGACCAUCACAGAGAAACACAAGUUAAAUGUUCCUGAAACGAUGACUGAGGUUCUUGAUGUUUCUGAUGAAGAGGCUCUUAAACAGUUUGGUGACCACUUUGUUGAUGAGGAAGCACUUAGUGAUUCAGGAGAUGACACCAUGACAGGUGAUGGGGGAGAAUACCUAAGACCUGAGGAUCUCAAAGAACUGGGCGAUGACUCCCUACCCAGCAGUCAAUUCCUGGACGGCAUGAAUUACCUGCGAUACAGCUUGGAGGGGGGACGAUCUGACAGCCUUCGAUCCUUCAGUUCCGACAGGUCUCACACUCUGAGCCAUGCAUCCUACCUGAGGGACAGUGCCAUGAUCGAUGACACAGUUGUGAUCCCCAGUCACCAGGUGUCAACCCUAGCCAAGGAGGCAGAAAGGAAUUCUUAUCGUCUAAGCUGGGGCACUGAGAAUUUAGACAACGUGGCUCUUUCUUCCAGCCCUAUUCAUUCAGGCCGCACCUCUCCAUGUCUUGAUCGUGACAACAGCAGUUUCUUGGUUAGUUUUAUGGUGGAUGCCCGAGGUGGGGCUAUGCGAGGAUGCAGACACAACGGGCUCCGAAUCAUUAUCCCACCUCGGAAAUGUACUGCCCCAACACGAGUCACCUGCCGGCUGGUCAAACGCCACAGACUGGCAACAAUGCCUCCAAUGGUGGAAGGAGAAGGCCUGGCCAGCCGCCUGAUCGAAGUUGGACCUUCUGGUGCUCAGUUCCUUGGUAAACUUCACCUGCCAACGGCUCCUCCCCCACUUAAUGAGGGAGAAAGUUUGGUCAGCCGCAUCCUUCAGCUGGGGCCUCCUGGAACCAAAUUCCUUGGGCCUGUGAUCGUGGAGAUCCCCCACUUUGCGGCCCUUCGAGGAAAGGAGAGGGAACUGGUGGUCCUGCGCAGUGAGAAUGGGGACAGCUGGAAAGAGCAUUUCUGUGAAUAUACCGAAGAUGAACUGAAUGAAAUCCUUAACGGCAUGGAUGAAGUGCUGGAUAGCCCAGAAGACUUAGAAAAGAAGCGAAUCUGCCGCAUCAUCACCCGCGACUUCCCACAGUACUUUGCAGUAGUGUCUCGCAUCAAGCAGGACAGUAACCUGAUUGGCCCAGAGGGUGGCGUGCUGAGCAGCACCGUGGUGCCCCAGGUGCAGGCUGUCUUCCCAGAGGGAGCACUAACCAAGCGGAUCCGUGUAGGUCUACAGGCUCAACCUAUGCACAGUGAGCUGGUUAAGAAGAUCCUUGGCAACAAAGCUACCUUCAGCCCUAUAGUCACUUUGGAACCUAGAAGAAGAAAAUUCCACAAGCCAAUAACCAUGACCAUUCCUGUCCCCAAAGCUUCCAGUGAUGUCAUGCUGAAUGGUUUUGGGGGAGAUGCACCAACCUUACGAUUACUAUGCAGCAUAACAGGUGGAACCACCCCUGCACAAUGGGAAGACAUUACAGGAACCACACCCCUAACAUUUGUCAAUGAAUGUGUUUCCUUUACAACCAAUGUGUCUGCCAGAUUCUGGCUGAUAGAUUGUCGGCAGAUACAGGAAUCCGUUACCUUUGCAUCACAAGUAUACAGAGAAAUUAUCUGUGUACCUUAUAUGGCCAAAUUUGUAGUGUUUGCCAAAUCACAUGACCCCAUUGAAGCCAGAUUGAGAUGUUUCUGCAUGACUGAUGAUAAAGUGGAUAAGACCCUUGAACAACAAGAAAACUUUGCUGAGGUGGCCAGAAGUAGAGAUGUGGAGGUAUUAGAAGGAAAACCCAUCUAUGUUGAUUGCUUUGGCAACCUGGUGCCAUUAACCAAGAGUGGCCAACACCACAUAUUCAGUUUUUUUGCCUUUAAAGAAAACAGACUUCCUCUCUUUGUCAAGGUACGCGAUACAACUCAGGAACCUUGCGGACGACUAUCAUUUAUGAAGGAGCCUAAAUCCACAAGAGGCCUGGUGCAUCAAGCUAUCUGCAACUUAAACAUCACGCUGCCAAUUUAUACAAAGGAGUCGGAAUCAGACCAAGAGCAGGAGGAAGAGAUCGAUAUGACAUCCGAAAAAAAUGAUGAGACAGAAUCUACAGAAACAUCUGUCCUGAAAAGUCACCUGGUUAAUGAAGUUCCUGUCCUAGCCAGUCCGGAUUUACUCUCUGAAGUUUCUGAGAUGAAACAAGAUCUGAUCAAAAUGACCGCCAUCUUGACCACAGAUGUGUCUGAUAAGGCAGGUUCUAUUAAAGUGAAGGAGCUGGUGAAGGCUGCGGAGGAAGAGCCAGGAGAACCUUUUGAAAUUGUUGAAAGAGUUAAAGAGGACUUAGAGAAAGUGAAUGAAAUCCUGAGAAGUGGAACCUGCGCAAGAGAUGAAGGCAGUGUGCAGAGCGCUCAGUCUGAGAAAGAACUAGUGGAGGAAGGAUGGGUUAUUGUCAGUGAUGAGGAAAUAGAAGAGGCCAAACGAAAAGCACCUUUAGAAAUUACUGACUAUCCAUGUGUAGAAGUUAGAAUAGAUAAAGAGACCAAAGCCAAAGUAGAGAAAGAUGCCACUGGGCUAGUGAACUACCUUAUUGAGGACCUAAAUUCAUAUGUGUCUCCUCAUGGAGAGAAACCACAGACAGGUCAAGAUGUGGCCAGGGAGACAAGUGAGGCUCCAUCUGUUGGCAAAAGCUCUGAAAAAGAUGGAAAGGUGGUACCCCCAGAUGAGAAACAGGGCACGCAGAAACAGCACAAACCAACUCUGGGAAUUAAGAAGCCUGUGAGAAGGAAAUUAAAAGAAAAGCAGAAACAGAAAGAGGAAAGCGUACAUGUGAAUGAAGAAAAAACAGAAAUUAAAAAAUGUAGUUCGGAAGAGUCAUUAGAUGAAGACCCAGGUCUGGCCCCAGAAUCUCUUCCCACUGUGAAGGCCACCUCUCCUCUGAUAGAAGAAACUCCCAUUGGUUCCAUCAAGGAUAAAGUAAAGGCCCUUCAGAAACGAGUGGAAGAUGAACAGAAAGGUCGAAGCAAGUUGCCUAUCAGAGUCAAAGGCAAAGAGGAUGUGCCAAAAAAGACCACUCACAGGACGCAUCCAGCGGCAUCACCUUCUCUGAAGUCAGAGAGGCAUGCCCCAGCUUCACCCUCCCCUAGAACAGAGAGGCACUCUCCCUUGUCCUCCUCUUUGAAAAACGAAAGGCACACUCCAGUGUCAUCAUCUAGCAAAACCGAGAAACACUCACCUGUGUCACCCUCAGCAAAAACUGAAAGACAUUCACCUGUGUUGUCAUCAGGUAAACCUGAGAAACACUCGCCUGUAUCACCCUCAACAAAAGCUGAAAGACACUCACCUGUGUCAUCCACAAAGACAGAAAGACACCCACCUAUUUCUCCUUCCACCAAAACAGAUAAACGUCCACCUGUAUCACCUUCUGGGCGAACAGAGAAACAUCCUCCAGUGUCACCUGGGAGAACAGAAAAACGCUUGCCUGUGUCACCCUCUGGAAGAACAGAAAAGCACUCACCUGUGUCAACCACUGGGAAAACAGAGAAGCAUCUGCCUGUGUCACCUUCUGGGAAAACAGAAAAGCAGCCACCUGUUUCUCCCACCUCAAAAACAGAAAGAAUUGAGGAAACAAUGUCUGUUCGGGAGUUGAUGAAAGCUUUCCAGUCAGGUCAGGACCCAUCUAAACAUAAAACUGGACUCUUUGAGCAUAAAUCAGCAAAACAGAAACAAUCCCAAGACAAAGGUAAAGUUCGAGUAGAAAAAGAAAAGGUGCAGACAGCAACCCAGAAAGAAAUACAGAGAACAGAGAGUCAGACAAUCAAACGAGGCCAGAGAUUCCUGGUAACAGGAGCUUCUGAAUCCAAAAGAGGGGUUCGUGCUUCUUCCAUAGGAUUUAAGAGGGAGGAUGCCGUUGGAGAAAAGGAGAAAACUCCCAGUCCCAAAACACCUGAACCUGUUCAGUCAGCCCCUGAAGGAGAAAGCCAUAGAGAUAGUGAAGUUCCUAAAGAAAAAAUGGCAGAUGAGCAGGGAGACUUGGACCUCCAGAUCAGCCCAGACAGGAAAACCUCCACUGACUUUUCUGAUGUCAUUAAGCAAGAGUUAGAAGACAAUGACAAAUAUCAGCAAUUCCGGCUGAGUGAAGAGACUGAAAAGGUGCAGCUUCACUUAGACCAAGUCCUCACUAGCCCUUUUAAUACAACAUUUCCAAUAGAUUACAUGAAAGAUGAAUUCCUUCCAGCUCUGUCUUUGCAGAGUGGUGCUUUGGAUGCCAGUUCUGAAAGCCUAAAGCAUGAAGGGAUAGCAGGCUCUCCGUGUGGCAGCCUGAUGGAGGGGACCCCUCAGAUUAGUUCAGAAGAGAGCUAUAAGCAUGAGGGCCUAGCAGAGACCCCUGAGACCAGCCCAGAGAGCCUUUCUUUCUCACCAAAGAAAAGUGAGGCACAAAUUGGGGAAACAAAGGAAACCAACAAGUUAGACACACCCCCAGAAACACAUUCAGGAAAAGAACAUCACACAACCAAAGACAUUACUGAUGGUUCUGAAGAACAAGGUGCUGUAGUCACUGAGGACUCAGAGCCCUCUCCUGAGUGCAUGCAGAAGAUGACCACCCAAGACCCUUCCAAAGACAUAUGCCUCAAACAAGAAGGUGAUUGUCCUGGCAGCUCUAAUGAUUUAGCAAAAGAAACACCCAAGACAUUGACUGAAGGCGCAUCCUGUGAUGAAAGUCAGCUUACAUUUGAUAGUUCAGCUCACAAGACACAAACUGAUUGUGAAACUCAGGAAUCUACAAUCACCUCAGAUGAGACAAAGUCCUCACCUUUGACUGAUGCAUCUGUAAAGACAGACACAGGAAUUGCAUCAAAGCCCCAGGGAGGCGUUAGAAGUCCCCAAGGAUUAGAACUUGCACUCCCUAGCCGUGAUAGUGAAGUCCUCAGUCCAAUGGCUGAUGAAUCAUUAGCAGUAAGCCACAAAGACUCUCUGGAAGCCAGCCCUGUUCUGGAAGAUAACUCCUCACACAAGACUCCUGAUUCUCUGGAGCCAAGUCCUCUGAAAGAAUCCCCUUGUCGGGAUUCUCUUGAAAGCAGCCCUGUUGAACCAAAGAUGAAGGCAGGAAUUCUUCCAAGUCACUUUCCUCUUCCUUCAGCUGUUGCCAAAACAGAACUUAUUACAGAAGUGGCCUCCAUGAGGUCCCGGCUGCUCCGAGACCCUGACGGCAGUGCUGAAGAUGACAGUCUUGAGCAGACAUCACUCAUGGAAAGCUCAGGGAAGAGCCCUCUUUCUCCUGACACCCCCAGCUCUGAAGAAGUUAGCUAUGAAGUCACACCCAAAACUACAGAUACAAGCAUACCAAAACCAGCUGUGAUUCAUGAAUGUGCAGAGGAGGAUGACUCAGAAAAUGGGGAGAAAAAGAGGUUCACACCUGAAGAGGAAAUGUUCAAAAUGGUAACCAAAAUUAAAAUGUUUGAUGAACUUGAACAAGAAGCAAAGCAGAAAAGGGAUUACAAAAAAGAACCCAAGCAAGAGGAAUCUUCCUCAUCCUCUGACCCAGAUGCAGACUGUUCAGCAGAUGUGGAUGAACCAAAACAGAUGGAGAACAUGGCAGGUGAAAGUGAUGUCCCUGUGUUGGUGACUUCAGAGAGCAGAAAGUCUUCUUCCUCUUCAGAAAGUGAACCUGAAUUGACACAACUGAAGAAAGGUGCUGACUCUGGCCUUUUACCAGAACCAGUUAUUCGAGUGCAGCCGCCUUCCCCACUCCCAUCCAGCAUAGACUCCAAUUCCAGUCCAGAAGAGGUACAGUUCCAGCCUAUAGUUUCUAAACAAUAUACUUUCAAGAUGAAUGAAGAUACUCAGGAAGAGCCAGGUAAUUCAGAAGAAGAAAAAGAUUGUGAAUCCCAUUUAGCAGAAGACAGUCACACUAUUUCUACUGACAGUGCAGAUAGGGCUUAUGAUGAUCUAAGCAGAGACAGUGAUCAACCAAAAGUCUGUGACGGCCAUGGGUGUAAGGCUGUGAGUCCUAGCUCCUCAACCGUCCCCAUCUCUUCAGGUCUCCAGAGUUCUGGUGAUGAUGUUGAUGAGCAGUUAGUCAUCCAUAAGGAAUCAUUAGCUUCUCAAGACACUCAUGAAAAUGACACAGGAGAAGAGCUUGAUGUUCCUGGAGUAGAAUCUCCACAGGUAGAAUGCCCCAGUGAAAACUCUUCUUUGUCCUCUGUGCCUCAUUGUCCAGUAUCCGAAGGAAAGGAAUUAGAUGAUAACAUAUCCCCCACAUCCUCUACAACAAAAGUGGAGGUCACAAAAGCUGCUGAAACAUUAGAGAAUAAACCAAAGGAUUGUUCCACUCAAGAUUCAUCUAUUACCACUCAAACUGAUGGGUUUUCCAUGGACAUUCCAGUGUCUGACCUAGCUGAGACUGGUGAAAUCUAUGAUCCACAUGUUAUAAGCCCUUAUGAAAAUGUUCCUACCCAAUCUUUUUUCUCUAGUGAAGAAAGCAAAACCCAAACAGAUGCAAGUCACACCUCAAGUUAUCACUCUUCUGAAGUAUAUUCUGUUACUACAUCCUCUGUUGAAGAUGUACUAGUAACUAGCUCCUCAAGUACAACUGUUUCAAGCAAAGAAUCUAAUUUUGAGGGACAGAACCUAGAAAUAGUAUCUAGAGAAGAAAGUACCUUGUGGGAAAUGCAAUCAGAUAGAGCCUCAUCUUUAGAGCCUGGUGUACCAAGUACACCACCAGUCAUCAGUGAGCAAGUAAGCAAAGUCAUCAUCACAAAAACUGAUGUGGAUUCUGACUCCUGGAGUGAAAUUCGUGAAGAUGAUGAAGCCUUUGAAGCUCGAGUGAAAGAGGAAGAACAGAAGAUAUUUGGCUUAAUGGUGGACAGACAAUCUCAGGGUACCACCCCUGAUACCACUCCUGCUAGGACCCCAACCGAAGAGGGAACCCCAACAAGUGAGCAAAAUCCAUUUCUCUUUCAGGAAGGAAAACUUUUUGAGAUGACCCGAAGUGGUGCCAUUGAUAUGACCAAAAGGUCCUAUGCAGAUGAAAGUUUUCACUUUUUCCAAAUUGGACAAGAAUCCAGGGACGAGACUCUCCCUGAAGACAUUAAAGAAGGGGUCAUUGGAGCUGAGCCCCAACAGCUGGAGUCAACAGCUGAGUCACUAGCACCUUCUGAAUCAAAAGAAACGUUGGAUGAUGAAGGAGAAUUACUUCCAGAUGACUUGAGUGAGGAAGUAGAGGAAAUACCUGCUUCAGAUGCUCACUUUAACUCCCAAAUGGGAAUUUCAGUUGGCACUGAAACAUCCACAAAAGAGGCCAUCGCUACAGAGGCUGAGGACCUCCCCACCAUGCAAACGGGCGAUACACCUUCUCUGUCCGAUGGGAAGCAGGUACCUUGUUCUGACUCCCCAGAACCAGUUGUACAAGUUCAGUUAGAUUUUUCCACUGUCACCAGGUCUGUAUAUUUAGAUAGGGAUGAGGAUUCUCCCGAUUCUUCCCCAGAGGAACAGAAAUCAGUGAUUGAAAUCCCAACUGCACCCAUGGAGAAUGUGCCUUCUACUGAAAGCAAAUCCAAAAUUCCUGUAAGGACUAUCCCCACUUCAACCCCAGCACCUCCAUCUGCAGAGGAUGAGAGUACAUUUUCUGAAGACGUUCUAUCUAGCCUGGAUGAGGAAAGUAAGGAAGAUGAAGCAAAACCAAAGUCCAAAAUCCCCAUCAAAUCACCCAUCCAAAGAGUCGAGCAGCCGCUCUCACACCCAGACCCAUCUCUCCAGCAGACAGUUGCUCCUCAGGGACAGGACAUAACAGGCAGAGCACCAGAAAGUAGAAGCAAAUCCGAAUCUGAUGUUAGUCCUGUGGACUCAGUGACCAAAUGCCCAGUGAAGGCCAGAAGUGACACUGAGUCAGAAACAGAGAGCAGAGAGGGGGCAGAGGAGCUUGAGUUAGACUCAGAAGAAGGGGCCACAAGACCAAAGAUAUUUGCAUCCCGAUUGCCAGUUAAGAGCAGAAGCACCACAUCUUCCUGCAGGGGGGGUAUGAGCCCCACAAAAGAAAGUAAGGAGCAUUUCUUUGACCUUUACAGAAACUCCAUAGAAUUCUUUGAGGAGAUUAGCGACGAGGCUUCCAAAUUAGUGGAUAGACUUACACAGUCAGAAAGGGAGCAGGAAUUAGUUUCAGAUGAUGAAAGUAGUAGUGCCCUGGAAGUUUCAGUUAUUGAGAAUCUGCCACCUGUUGAGACCGAGCACUCAGUUCCUGAGGACAUCUUUGACACAAGGCCCAUUUGGGAUGAGUCCAUUGAGACUCUGAUUGAACGCAUCCCUGAUGAAAAUGGCCAUGACCAUGCUGAAGAUCCACAGGAUGAGCAGGAACGGAUCGAGGAGAGGCUGGCUUACAUUGCUGAUCACCUUGGUUUCAGCUGGACAGAACUAGCAAGAGAAUUGGAUUUCACUGAGGAGCAAAUUCAUCAAAUUCGAAUUGAGAACCCCAACUCCCUUCAGGACCAGAGUCAUGCACUGUUGAAGUACUGGUUGGAAAGGGACGGGAAACAUGCUACAGAUACCAACCUCAUUGAAUGUCUUACCAAGAUCAACCGAAUGGAUAUUGUUCACCUCAUGGAGACCAGUACAGAACCUCUGCAGGAGCGCAUCAGUCAUAGUUAUGCAGAGAUUGAACAGACCAUUACACUGGACCAUAGUGAAGGUUUCUCAGUACUUCAAGAGGAGCUCUGCACUGCCCAGCAUAAGCAGAAAGAGGAGCAAUCUGUUUCUAAGGAGAACGAGUCCAGUGACCACCCUCCCAUUGUCUCCGAGGAAGACAUUUCUGUUGGUUAUUCCACUUUUCAGGAUGGUGUCCCCAAAACCGAGGUUGACAGUUCAGAAACAGUACUUUCUUCCCAAACAUAUAAGGAACAAGUUCAACAAGAAUUCUCAGGGAAAAUGCAAGACCUGCCCGAAGAUAAGCAGGAAUACUUUGUGACCACCCCAGGUACAGAAGGGUCAGAGACUCACAAGGCCAUGGCAGUGCCUGGCUCUCCCAGCAAGACUCCUGAGGAGAUUAGCACCCCUCCUGAGGAGGAGAGGCAGUACCUCCAGACCCCAACAUCCAGUGAGCGGGGAGGUUCUCCCAUUGUGCAAGAACCCGAAGAGCUCCCAGAACCCCGGGAGGAGAGUUCCCCACGGAAAACCAGCCUAGUGAUAGUGGAGUCUGCUGAGGACCAGGCACAGACUUUGGAGAGACUCGAUGGAGAUGCAGCUUUUGACAAGGAGCUAACAGAGGAAUUAGGUGAGCUGGAGGCCAGCUCUGAUGAGGAGGCGAUGGUAACCACCAGGGUUGUCCGCCGGCGAGUCAUUAUUCAGGGAGAUGAUAUGCCUGACAUCCCCCCGGAAACAGUCACAGAAGAAGAAUAUGUUGAUGAGCAUGGACACACGGUGGUGAAGAAGGUUACUAGGAAAAUCAUUAGGCGGUACGUAUCUUCGGAUGGCACAGAGAAGGAAGAGAUUACGAUGCAGGGGAUGCCACAGGAACCUGUCACCAUCGAGGAAGGGGACGGCUAUUCCAAAGUCAUAAAGCGUGUUGUAUUGAAGAGUGACAUCGAGCAGUCAGAGGUCACUUUAUCUGAACCCAGCAUUUUGUCCAGUACCUCACAAUUUCAGGCUGAACCAGUAGAAGGCCGUAGAGUCAGCAAAGUUGUUAAAACAACUAUGGUACGUGGAGAAAGGAUGGAGAAACAUCUGGGUGAUUCUAGUUUAGCCACUGAUCUUCCUUCAGCCAAAGAUGACUUUGAAGAGGCUUUGAGUUACACAGGUAGCCACAUGAAAGUCCACUUUCCCAGUUUAGUAGAGAAUGAAAUACUGAAAGAGGAUGGAUCAAUAAUUAAAAGGACAACCAUGAGUAAAGCCAGCACACAGAAGAGGGCUGUGGUGAAGGACCAGCAUGGAAAACGCAUAGACUUGGAGCACCUGGAGGAUGUACCAGAAGCAUUAGACCAGGACGACCUCCAGCGCGACCUCCAGCAACUCCUUCGGCAUUUCUGCAAGGAGGACUUGAAGCAAGAGGCCAAAUGAGGGGCUGCCCAAUUUUCACACCAGAAACCACACAUUCACUCAAUAUGCAACUUCCCAUUUCCUUAGAGGAGUGACCUAUCUGGCCUAAUUAAUGGGAUCCCCUGACAUUUCCACUGUUAGCAAAUAUACAGCCUUUUGUUUAGUUUUUCCCCAUCCUCUUUAACUAUAAGCUAAUUUGUGACCAAAGAUAGCAUCCUUCAUUCUGGAUGCUGUAUCCACUACUUUGUGUGUCUGUGCUAACCUGGGAACUGGCCGCCUCCAUUCUUCUUUGCUUCUGCACAACCUCCAUGAAAAUCCAUUGAUCAGAAGAACUUCACCUAUAGACCUCUUCAAGUGACAAUGCAGAGGAAUCCUUCCAAGGGAUAUCCAUGUACAAUGUAUAUAGCUAAAAUGCUCAGAUGAACACCAUAUUAAAAUUAAAACCACUGCCUAUCAUAACCACACUGGGCAUCAUGGAAUAAAAGGCCUCUAGAAAAUGAACAAUGGUUAAUUGAGAUAUUGCUAACACAAUCGAAUGAUAAUCCAGUUCUAUUGCAAAGGAAGCACUUCAGACCUAUCAUGUCCUUAGAACUUGCAGAAUAGCCAUUGCUCCUAGUUAAAGAUGGGUUAAUCAUCUUGAAGAACUGUGCUAAGAAGUUAUUGCUGGUGCUGGCCAGCCAUACUUUAUGACUCUCCCAACAGCCAUUCUGAGAGAGUGGAAGGAAGGAGCAAAAGGUGAAGAGAUUCAAACAAUGAGGUAUUCAGUUGCUAGAAGCUACCUCUGGUGGCAUUCUAGCAUCUUCAGGUCUUUUAGAUUUUGGACACGUUGGCAGGGUAUUUUAAAAGCUAUAACUACUGUAGUUUUCCAGUUUUCAUUGCUGCUUUAGCAAACCACGCUGUCUUACCGGUGGUACUUUCUUCUGGCCACUGCACUGUAGAUACUCCAUUGGAAACAAGAUUUACCCACUACACAAAAGAUUAAAACUCCUUCACCUUGUUGGAGUGGUUUCUUUUUUUCCGUUUUUUCUCCAGGUUUAUAUCUCUCUAAUACCUGCAUGUGGCAUUGAAAAAUCAAAACCACAGUCAAAACCCCUCUUCUAAUCACGUUAAUGGUUUUCUUUCCUUUUGCCCUGAGUGAGCACUUUUGAUUUUCCAGCUAGGUCUGUUUUUCAGCUUGCAGACAAGAUUGAGAAAUCCUUUGAAAAUUUGGUUUUAGUUAAAAUUUUUGGUUUAUUUAUUUGAAAUUCAAACUCCCUUGGAAACUCUUAAGUGCAUUUGUGCACUUUACUAUUUGUUUGUUUCAAAGAAGGGACUGUAACAACCUGAGUGAUUUCCAUGUCCUAUUUCUUAUUCCUCUAGUGGUUGAAGCUGUGUAGCAUUUUAACAUAUAUAUAUAUUCACAAAUAUAUUCAUAUAAACAGUAUACAUUUUGAAUCAGUUAUUUGUUAAAGAAAAGUAUAUUCAAUGAAGAUGAAAUUUAAAAAAAAAAAAAGAGUCUAUCCUCCAGGGAUUGAGCUUUCUCCAAUUCUAUCUGGUCUUUUCCUGUUGUGCAAAAAAUGACUCAUUGCUCCGAAUGUCAAAAACAAAUGUGACAAACAAUGGCACUUCAUCAUUUAAAGUAACGUUGCCAAUGGAGAAAAUUUCCUGGGAGGGAGGUUUCCCAUCAGCCAAAUCUCCUAAGCCUCAAAUGCUAGCACUUUUUGGCAGUUGGAUAGGAAAUAAAGCAUUCUUUGGCAGCCAAAAGGAGAAAGGCCCAUGUCGAAACUUUUUGAUACACGCCAUGGCCUUCUUGUCAAAACCUUCACUGGAGCUCAAGAAAAGCAUUUCUGUUGUAUUAUUUGCAGUGCAGAUGGUGUCUGUGUAACAACAUAAUGGUUAAUCACCUUCUUUUGAUUUUGAUUUUGCUGUGUUAUCAAAAAACUUGAAUACUGUGAGAAGAAGUGAAUUUUCAGUUGAUGAAUCAGCAUCUUGUUCCCAUGGUGAUAACACUAAUUGAAUAUAUCUAUGAGGGCAUGUAUUAGUUAAUGGAAAAAAAUACAACACUAACAAUACAUAGCUGCAAUGUUGUACAAUGGCUGAUUUAAUUAAAUAAAAUGUACAAGUGUUAAAUGUG